AUGUCGUCCCAAACAUCAAAAAUUGUAUUAGGUUUAUCAUGUUCUAUCACGGUCGGUAUUAUCACAUAUGUUCAUAUGAAACAACAAGCUGAUAGAGAAAAAAUGCAUGAAGGUGUCAUUAGAGAUACAGAGAGACAGCAAAGAAGAAAAAUAGAAAACAUAUAUUUACUUCAACAACAAAAUGAAUUAACAAAACAAUUAAAAAAGGAGUUAGGUAAUUCUUGA